AGGGUUAAACUGAAAUUUCCUUGGUAAUCGGGAGCGCAGACCUGCAGGAGUGCAGGGUGAAGAGAUGGCUUCCCUAAUCCCGAUCGCUACCCUCAUCCUCCUCGCCGCCGCCACCUCCGCCGCCGUUCCUUCGGGGGAUGAUCUGGUAGCGGAGCUUCAGACUCUCCGAGAUCAGUCACCCUCCGGUGUGAUCCGCCUCAACGACCGCCUCGUCUCCCGCUUCCUUAGCUCCGUCGACACGCCUCGUCCCUAUUCCUUCCUCAUCUUCUUCGAUGCCAACCAACUCCGCUCCAAGGCCGAGCUUCAUCUCCCCCACCUCCAUUCUGAGUUCUCCCUCCUCUCCGCCUCCUUCGCUGCCCACCACAAAGAAGACGACGUCUCGUCUUCUCGCCUUUUCUUCUGCGACAUCGAGUUUGGGGAGUCCCAACAGUCCUUUGGCCUCUUUGGCGUCUCCAGCCUUCCCCAUGCCCGCCUCGUAACUCCAUCAACUCGUUCCCUCCGAGACUCCGUCUCCAUGGACCAGUCCGACAUCUCCCGGGGUGCCGACUCCAUGGCCGACUUCGUUGAGGCCAAGACCAAAAUCUCCCUCGGUGGUCCCAUCCUACGCCCACCCCUUAUCUCCCUCCGCCAGGUCCUCUUUCUUCUUGCUGCCGUCCUCAUCUCCGCCCCAUUCCUAAUACGCCGCAUACUUGAGGGCGACACCUUCUUUCACGACCGACGGGUCUGGAUGUCCCUCGCUCUUUUCGUUUACUUCUUUGGAGUCUCGGGCACGAUGCACAAUAUCAUCCGUAACAUGCCCAUGGUGCUACCCGACCGCAGCAACCCCGAUCGCCUCAUCUUCUUCUACCAGGGAUCUGGGAUGCAGCUGGGGGCGGAAGGCUUCGCCAUUGGAUCCCUAUACAUGGUCGUUGGUCUUGUUCUGGCCUUCGUAACUCAUUUGCUGGUCAGAUUUCGGAACAUCUCCGUUCAGAGGGGAUUCAUGCUGGUCGGGAUGCUGCUGGCUUACUGGGCUGUGAGCAAGGUGAUAUAUUUAGAUAAUUGGAAGACUGGGUAUAGCAUCCAUGCUUUCUGGCCGAAGAGUUGGAGGGGAUGAGGGAUUAGGAAAAGAAAAUAUAUCAUCUUGGUGACUCUUACAGGAUGUUGGCUGCCUCAAUUGUUAUCGACUUGAUGAGAAAAUCCUAGAUUUGUUGAGAGUUUUAGUUUUAUUGUUGAAAUGGAAUUUAAACUUUCUUUUCAAUUCUAUCAAACUUGUUUUGUCAAAUACUGAGCUUGUAUUUUUGUUGAUUACUGAGCAAGUUUAUCAUGUGAAAUGUUUUAACUUA